CUUCGGUCAUCAAUAUAUUGUAUCACUUAGUUCACCUAAAACUAAUUACGUGAGCCUUCUAACUUGGCUUCAAUCGUUUUUCGCAAACUUUAUAUUACAUGGUCCCUUCUCAGUUGAUACAUUCUUCUUUUAAGUGGCCUGUUGUUGGUAAUGAUUGCUCUAAGGUCACUCGAAAAAUCCAAAGGGAAAAUGAAUAUUCCAAUGAUGUAUCUCCAUCGCUAUCUACGGCUCACUCCUGUCUUGGCUUUAGCUAUUCCCAUGUACAUGAAGCUUCUUCCUAUAAUGAGUGAUGGUCCUGUGACUGACAGAGUUAAUUUUGGCGACUUCGACGUUUGCAAACGCACUUGGUAUUUGUCUUUACUCUAUGUUCAGAACUAUGCAACUAAAGAAAUCUGUCUUGGUCAUACUUGGUACCUGGCUGUAGAUAUGCAACUGUAUAUUCUAUCGCCAAUUUUUCUUAUCUCGCUAUAUAAGUGGGGCAAGAAAGCUGCCGCGGCAAUCUUUGUACUCAUGCUUCUACUCUCUGGCUGCCUUUUUGCCACAAUGAUGACAAAUAAGUACGCUGUCUUCUUGGAAAAAGGAGGAACGAGCUUUGAGGGUCAACGCAAGCUCUACUAUGCCACACACGUUCAUGCAGCACCUUGGCUGAUCGGACUCCUCUUUGGCUAUUUCCUGCAUUUAAGUCGCAACAAGUCUUUCAAACUGACUCGCAUUUCGAUUUGGUUGGGUUGGAUUAUCAGCUUGGCCCUCUUGUUUACUUCAUUGUUUGCUCUGUAUCCAGCUGCGCAAUCGAGUGCAGUAGCUCUGACCAUGUUGGAGCAGGCCUUUUAUUAUACCCUGACUCGAAUCGCGUGGCCCCUUUCCUUAUGCUGGGUGGUAUUUGCCUGUAUGAAAGGAUAUGGAGGAUUGGCUGACAGUUUCCUCUCCUCACCAUUAUGGCAACCACUCUCAAGACUUUCCUACUCUGCCUAUAUCUUCCAUGUCUACAUACAGCUGGUGAAUGAUAAACGAGUGCGAUCACCAUCGUAUUUAUCGGACUACGACAUGAUGUUGUCCUUUUGGGGAACUUUCAGCUUCACUGUGCUGAUGGCUUAUGUGAUGCACAUCAUUUUGGAAGCACCCUUGGGAGCUCUCGAGGACAUUCUCUUACCUCAACGUCGCCCAAAGCAAAGGACUGAAGUAUUGAAUAAGACACAGGCUGAUACAAGUUAAAUACUUAACAAAGAAAAUUUCACCGAUCCCUGUGAUGAUUUGUUAAUAAACUGAAAUAUGUCAAGACACAAUC